UCUAAAACUAUCAAAUAUUUUACAGAUGAUCCUAACUGCAUCUCUUUCUUUGAGUAAGACUAAAUUUUCAUUAUAAUGUCUCAUGAAUAUGAAUACUUUUAUGAAGAUGAAGUUUACCGUUUCAACAAGAAGGGUCAACUUCAGCUUGGCAUGGUUCUUGAAAAUGCAGAGCUUGUGUCAAGUGAUGAAGAAAGUGAUGAUGAUGAAGAAGACAAGGUUACCAAAGGCCACAUACGAGUGGCAUGGUAUCCCAAUGGCGAAGAAGUUGUUAUUUCAGAAAGAAAGGUCUCACUGGCGGAUCGAUCAUUGAUGCCUGGCGACGUAGUACGUCGUCUAAUCAUAGGCCGCGACACUCAGCGUGGUUACUGUCGCCAGGUGCGAGUCAUGGCCCGCGUGCAGAUUGUCAAUGCCGGACGUCAGGUCAUCCCAUGUGUUGACAGUUCUGACUUGGUUCCUAUUGAGGAGUUUGCAACAGACAUGGCCAUCUCACUAGACUCUUGGGUUGGUAUGGUCCACAUGAUCAAGCGGCGUCUACUGCUCUCCUUCAAGGAUGGCUCGUGUUGCUAUAUGAACGACAGCGCUGCUUCAAACCUUGUGGAAAUCAGGGACUCUAGAGACAAGGAAUGUGAGUUUCGGCGGUACGACUUCUAUCCUGGUCAAGUGCUGGUGGGGAAUGUCCAGGACUUUGAAACUGUAGAGUGGGUGGAGUGCUCAGAUGCCGUCACUGCCAAGCUGCAAGCCACUGAGACCCGCAACCGACGCUCUAAAAUGCACGUAACUGUGCAGAAGGUGGAGAAGGUGGAGGUGAGUGCAAGUGCUGUCUGCUCUAUGGAGACAACUCCACCAGUUCAGACCAGACAACUCCACCAGUUCAGACCAGACAGCUCCACCAGUUCAGACCAGACAACUCCACCAGUUCAGACCAGACAACUCCACCAGUUCAGACCAGACAACUCCACCAGUUCAGACCAGACAGCUCCACCAGUUCAGACCAGACAACUCCACCAGUUCAGACCAGACAACUCCACCAGUUCAGACCAGACAAGUCCCCCAGUUCAGACCAGACAAGUCCACCAGUUCAGACUAGACAAGACCCCCAGUGCAAGUGUUAUAGCUGCUCGUGCUGGGAGUAGUAAAGUGGGUCACAAUUCGAAUAUUAUGACCAUUGACUUUCUGAGUGAGGCAUCUACUGACCACAUGACCAUCUCUGACCACAUGACCAUCUCUGACCACAUGACCAUCUCUGACCACAUGACCAUCUCUGACCACAUGACCAUCUCUGACCACNGUCUCCCCUCUCCCGUGCCCUCCUCUCGUCUCCCCUCUCCCGUGCCCUCCUCUCGUCUCCCCUCUCCCGUGCCCUCCUCUCGUCUCCCCUCUCCCGUGCCCUCCUCUCGUCUCCCCUCUCCCGUGCCCUCCUCUCGUCUCCCCUCUCCCGUGCCCUCCUCUCGUCUCCCCUCUCCCGUGCCCUCCUCUCGUCUCCCCUCUCCCGUGCCCUCCUCUCGUCUCCCCUCUCCCGUGCCCUCCUCUCGUCUCCCCUCUCCCGUGCCCUCCUCUCGUCUCCCCUCUCCCGUGCCCUCCUCUCGUCUCCCCUCUCCCGUGCCCUCCUCUCGUCUCCCCUCUCCCGUGCCCUCCUCUCGUCUCCCCUCUCCCGUGCCCUCCUCUCGUCUCCCCUCUCCCGUGCCCUCCUCUCGUCUCCCCUCUCCCGUGCCCUCCUCUCGUCUCCCCUCUCCCGUGCCCUCAUCUCGUCUCCCCUCUCCCGUGCCCUCCUCUCGUCUCCCCUCUCCCGUGCCCUCCUCUCGUCUCCCCUCUCCCGUGCCCUCCUCUCGAAAUUCAAUCUGCUGUUUCCGCAGAGUGCGCAUCUUGAACGUGUUUGAGCCAUGCACGCUACAGCUCGGGGACCGUAACUUCUACACCAUCAAGGAGGGCGACACGUUCAUGUCCUCCGCGCAGUGGGAGCAAGCCAAGGCUUCCUGUCGCAGAGUUGGUCGAGCGCUGCCUGAUCUGCUCUCUAUACCCAACAUUAGAAAGAGGGCUCGUGAGAAGAGCGGUGAUCUCAUCAAAAAUGGCUUUGUCAAAGCGAUAGACUACAACGCUGGCAAUAAAGACGAAAAGAAGAAGAAGAAUAACUCCGUAGUGGCUGCUACACCAACUAAUAUAGAAAAUGAGAAGUCCGUGAAUGAGGAUUGUGAAAAUAUCAAUAAAUUUUGUCAGAAUAACACAGAAGCUACGUCAGUGCCGGCAGAAUCUGGAAUCUCUGCAUCCGAAAAGAACGAGCCUAUCGUCAUGUUGUGUGCUGAGGACGGCAGUGAAGCCUGCCGCUCAGAGUUAGAAGACAAUGAUGAUGAUACAUCCAUCAGCAGCGGCGCCUCCACUUCCUCUGUCGGAGGCAGCCAGAGGCGCACAGGAGGCCCGUCCCUCAUGACGAAGAUGCUGAAGAAGAAGAAGCUUCGUCCGUCCAAGCGCCUCGUGGCGGCUCACGCCCCAAGCCCCUCGUCGCAGCCACGCCCUGGCGACCGCGUCGUCGUAGAGACGCUUAUGACCUCCAGCUAUGCUGAUGUCGUCUGGCAGGACGGUUCAGUAGAGUUUGAUAUCCCGUCAUCACAACUCUACCCCAUCCACCACCUCGACGACCACGAGUUCUUCCCUGGGGACUUCGUCGUCCGACAGAGCCCUACGACCCUGGCUGGCAUGUGCCCGGAGGCAGGAGAGCCAGUAGACCCUCACGACUACGGUGUGGUCCAGCGUGUGGACCAUGCAGGCAGGACCACAGUUGUCAAGUGGUUCCGCACCUACACUGCCGGGGCCGAACCACAGCCUGUGUUCAAAGGAGAAGAAGAGGUUAGCGUGUAUGACCUGCACGAUCACCCCGACUUCCACUACCGCUCAGGUUCUGUUGUCAUUAGAGUUGCCAACUUUGAUAACGACCAAACCUGUGCGACUGGUCAGGUCUUCGACAAUUGCCCAACUGGUCAGGUGAACGUGUGGUGGGUGGACGGGUCGUCGUCCGUGUGCUUCCCCCAGGACCUGUACAAGGUGGGGGAGUACGACUCUGAUGAGGGCGAGCUCUGGGAUGAUGAUGAUGGUGACUCAUCGCUCGGGUCCGAUGAUGGUGAUGAUAAGAGCUGGAGGACUGCCACCGAUGAUGAAGAUGAAGGCAAAGAUGGACCGCAAGGAGGCGAUGUCAGUGACGACAGCAGCCAGGGCUCAUGGGUGGACGACAAGAGCCCUAUGCUCAAGACCCGCCUUGUUGCCAACAUCGAGAAGGCCAGGGUCGUCAUGGGCAGACUUGAGGAAAUAUUCACGCAGAAUCCUGGUCUGCAGUCCACGCAGGUCAUGAAGCAGCUGCUCGACUGCUACAAGGAGUGCAGGUACAUGGACAAACUCAUGUCGACGCGCUUCUUCCACGAGAGCAACUUCGCGGGUCUCAUUGAGAAAGUCCGCGAGCGCGGAUGCCUUUCCACUAACCAGAAAAUGGCGGAGCAAGUCCAGAGACUGUUUAAUGGCUCUCCCUACAACGCUGACCGUUCUAAGUUAUCGAAAAAUAAACCAGUUUCUGGGGGGGCUAUCGUGGAUAACAGUACGCAUGAAUCGACCAUUUCAACUGAAACAGCUGUCUCAGAUGUCUCUUGUAUUAACCCAAAGAAUAUCGCCACCGAUUUGCCAGUAGAGAUCACGGAAACUACGGUGAAGACAGCUUCAGCCAAGAAAGAUCGACCAAAAGAUGGCAACGUGCGAGAAGAUUGUAACACGUCAGGCCGGACUUCCAGCAAGAGCAGUUCUAGAUCGAUUGGAGGUAGCGGAGCUCUACUGAAGCGCCUGAGCGAUUCUGAUAUGCUUAUCCACCACCACGCUGGUCUCGAGAACAAGAGUAAACGGCCUGUGACGUCCCACAUCAAGGACUCGAAAAGUUGCAAUGACAUCAAAAACUCGUCCAUCAAAACACCAAAGGAAGGAAACGAGAACGUUUCAACUGAGGAGGUCUCAAUCAAAGGUGACGGCUUACCGCCGUCUGAAGAAGCCCACGGCGCUGACGCGUCUUCCAUCUGUACCGUGCUUUGUUCAAUGAUGAAAGUCCAGCUCCUCAAGACCUACGAAGAAGUGGUUUCGCGAUACGGAGGUCAUUUCGAUAUGAGCAACAUCCAGUCGGAGUUGAAACAAGAAGCGGGUCCUGAGGAAACACUGUCUAUUGACCAGAAGGAGCUCAUAGCGAGCUGUGUGGAGGCCAUCAGAGUGGAGCUGCUGCGACCUCAUGAUGAAGCUGAUAUAACUGAGAGAAAUUUGUCCAUCGCCGAAACUUUACCGAAUUUAGGUAUUUUAUCCACUAAAAUUUCGCUUAGCACUGUGAGCUCAGCGAAAUCUCAGAGUACCAUACCGUGUGAUGCCUUAGAAACCAAAGAAAAGAGCGGCUUGGUCGAUCAUAUUUCUUCCGACUUGCCCUCGAACUCAGAUUGCGGUAGUUUUACUCUAUUGGAAACCGCGCCUGACACGCACAAGUUCAAACUGACUAUGCUACAGCCAAGCCAGCCAAGCCUUUUCUACAAAACUGUUAAAAAUGAGAUACGCUUACUGCAAUCUUCUCUGCCGGGUGGCAUCUGGGUUCGUGGAUACCAAGAUCGCAUGGAUCUCUAUUCAGUCAUGAUACGAGGACCUGCCAAAACACCGUACCAAGACGGUCUAUUCUUCUUCGACUUUCAGCUUUCGGCUGACUAUCCUCAUGCUCCUCCUCUAUGCAAUUACGUCCCGUAUUGCUCCGACCGCCUUAAUCCUAACUUGUAUGAAGAUGGCAAGGUCUGCAUCUCCUUACUAGGCACGUGGAGUGGCAAGGGAACCGAAGUAUGGACACACAGAAGCAAUUUGCUUCAAGUUAUCGUUUCAAUUCAGGGUCUUAUUUUAGUGAGCGAACCUUAUUUUAAUGAAGCCGGAUAUGAACGCCAGAAAGGCAGUCAACAAGGCCACGAAAAUAGUCGCAUGUACAACGAAAUGGUCCUCCUCAAGCUCAUCCAAGCCACUGCACGCAUGCUUCAAAAUCCUCCGUCCGUCUUCAAAGAAGAAAUCUUGGAGCAUUUUAACGCAAAUGCUGGUAACCUCAUCAGCCGCUUGGAACGCUGGUUGAAUGUGUCGGAAGGGCACAACGCUGCCCAUCCUUUAUCUCCCACGACUCCCAAUACGUACCGCAGCAUCGUCACUGACAAGGAACAGCAAGCAGUGCUACCGGAAUUCCCUCUUAUCCCUGCUUCAAAAGGCUUCUGUCUAACCCUGCGCACCACGCUGCCGCAAGUCAAGGCCAUUUUCGACAAGGUUUUGGCCGAGGGAUGGAAUGCUGUGUCUUCUCGCCCGACCAACGACGUUUCAUCAUGUGAGAUAAAAGCUGAAACCGCAGAUGAUACCAAAGAUUGCAGGACCACAGGAGCCAUCCGUAAAACAAAACUGCGUCGUAGCUCUGCUUGCAGUGAUGGUGAAAUACCAAAUUGUGGUUCGUCAUCUCCUGAAAUGUGUCCUUACGUAGAAACACCCGCUUUUGCUGCUGGUUCGUCCGUUGAAUCUGAUAAUCCGUCCGCAUUGUCUGCUCAUCCGUCCCUAACGUCCGUUAAUCCAUCUGUAGAGUCAGCUGAUCCAUUGGUGGACUGUACUGAUCUCUCUAUAGAGUCUAAUGACGUUUCCAGUGAAUUGACUGAUAAAAAUUGCUGUGGAGGAGCUUCAGUGACUGAUAAUGUAUCGCACAACAGCAGCGACAGCGGGAUUGGCGGCAGCGACAGCGCAAGCCUUCCUGUUAAUGAUACGAACUCUUCGUCAAAGCUAGAGCAAGGCACAUUAUUUAUCAAGUCUAACAGUUCCUUCUGUAAAAGUUCAUAGCUAUUGUCUUCCGUUAGAAUUUUGGAAUAUAUUCGUUGUAAAGUUGAUCGUUAUUUAUCUUGAGCUUUUUCAAUCUUAACAUUAUUGGGUUACGCUCUUUGAAUUUUUUGUGAUGUUCUGGCUGACGCGUAAUGAUAUAGUUCCCUUAUUUAUUUGUGUUUUUCAAGUGUAGAUUUACUUCUUUUGCCUUGGUAGUCAUCUAAUCAGUUAAACCUAGACUGUUUCUCUCAAUUGCGUGUGUUACUACGCUAGAGUUCUCACUUAGAAGCCAUACCAUAACUUCUACGUAUAAUAAGCAUUGCUCAAUGGCUGUUGAUGCUUCAGUUGCGUUCCAGUCACUUGUUCAGCUGUUUGCUCGUAUGAGCGUCGCCAUGACCGAACUCGCCUCGGGUCAACACCUCUGGACUGUACCUAUUUUUUCAAGAAACCUUCCGAUCACGAAUACCUAAUUCAUCUAUCGUUCAUUCCUAAAUCCAAAUGUGACAAAAAUGAAGGGUGUACGUAUUAGUGAUGAAUAAAAAUGAUUUUAACUGUUCCAUAAACUCGAGAAUGUUAUCGAGGUAACAUUAGGCGUAGGUGUUGACUCGUAUUGCUUCAAGCCUUACAUCAAUUUCAUGUUCGACCUCCAUGAUCUUCUCUCGUAGAGUUAUGAAUGUUAUUCUUCGCCUGAUGUUGAGUGACGCCGUCUCUUACAGACGCGAUCUGUUCACCUGAAGGAAAAUAAUGUAGCAUGGUUCCUAUUCAAUUUUUCCUCUUGUUCACUUUUUAAGCAAAUUCCAUGUUUUAUCAUAUAUUUCAACAUCUGUUUCUUGUGCAUUUGGACUUUAUUUUUCAUCGAUCAUUUUACUGCAUGGAGUAAUUAACACUGAGUCGAAGAUAUAUUUUCUGUAAUACCUCGUUCUAUGGUGCGCAAGUAGCAAAGAGGAAAUCUCUCGCAGACCAUCAGUUAUUCACGCGUGCAACUGUGGAAGGAGAGUUUGUAAGUAGAACUAAUUAAAACUUAAAUGAAAGAAAGAACGCAGCAGUUGAAAAUACACUCCCAUUUUUGUAACCGGGUGUUUCUUCUUUAUGUGUACCGUAUAUCGACAUGCUUUAAAAUACUAUGCUGAAUGGAAAUAACUACCUGUUCGAGUAUAGAUAAUUCCUUUCCGUUUGUUGCGGUUAUCACAUGACUAAUUUUUUUUUAAGAUGUUAAAAUCAGAAAAGGUCGCAAGGAUGAUAAUCCGAAUGCGGUCCAACGUUCACACGGCUGUUGGAGACACAUGUUGAAAUUCCUUUGUAACUAUUUAUGUAUUUCACUAUUUAUGCAGUGAAAUCUAAAAUAAAUACUUUCACUGAGGUAUUUCAGGUAUCAAAUGGCUUGUAUGCAAAGCAUUUUCAAACAGAAGGAAUUGUGAUAGUUUUAAAAACGGAUUUUGAGUAGUUUAAAAACGGAUUUUGAGUAGUCUCUUUACCGUGCUUUCCAAAUGAGUUUUUUUUUCAAGCAUUUAGUGGAAAAAUGAGUUGUUUACUGUCAAACGAUACGAGACAGAUUAUUGUUCAGAACUUCGCAUGUUAAAUGCCAUCCAAAGUAUCCAUCUAUGCCAAAUGUUGGAAAAUUGUAUUUCUGGGCUGCCGGAAUGCAAGACCCGCGAGUCAUUGAUGUCUGUUACUUUUUAUUAGCACUGAUAGUUGUGCGAUUGGACUACUUCAUACAUGCAUAUAAAAGCUGGAACAAGCGACUGACCUCACUAAUAUAAUUUUUUUAUCAUUUCGUUGUUUGCGGCUAAUAUUUUAAACCAGCGUUGCUUGGUAAAAAAUCUGUAAAAUUAGCAAGCUUAUUAAAAUUUAAAUAUCAUCUUUUCAUUUUUUGCGGCUAAUAUUUUAAACCAGCGUUGCUUCGUAAUCAGCUUAGUAAAAUUUCUAAAGUUCUGUCAUUUUUGAGGCCUCGAAAUGUGUCGCUUAAAGGUUGAUUAGCAUGAAUUAUUAAGUGUGUGAUUUUUUUUAUCUUUCAAUGUGAGGAGCAGUCCAAAUUUGUAGAAAACACGAUAGCAUUAUUGGUUUUGUCCAUGACGUUUCGAUAACCUUAGCAAUGUAAGCCCAGCUCUUGCCGAACAAGUGCAAAUGUGCGUUGAUUCCUUCCAAGCAAAUAUUUCAAUUUUAUUGCCUAUGCAGUCAAA